AUGGGACAGUCUUCCUCUACGCAACGAACUCAACACUUCUUCUCUUUUCACGCGAACCGUGGUCGCAUCAAUAGGGAUGAAGCAAUGAAUCACGGCUACAACUCGGAGCAGACUGGGGAAUACGCACCCCAGUCGGGAACGGAAACAGACGAUGACCGCACGCACACGACACCGGUAGAAUCCGCUCACCUGAAUCCCGCCGCCGAAAUAUGGCAACCGAAUGUCCCCGUCGACGAGCAACGACAAAUGAGAACUAUACAGGAGGAAAGCGACCCCCAGUAUGAGCCAGGUCAACGGGAAUAUCGCUCAGCUAUCUUUGCCCGAAUGGCUGCACGCAGGCAGUCCACGAUGUCGCGAUUAGGGUCCAGGAUCCUCCCCAACUCGGUCAUUCGUGGCCUGCUGAGCAGUGAAGAAGAAACGCCUGCUGAAGGUCACGCGCAUCGCCAUGGGAUUGUAUCCAGAUCGAUUCCGAGAUCAGAAGCCACACAUAGUAGUGCUCGCUUUAGCCCAUUCAGUUCUCUGAGUUCGAGAAAUGUUUCCAGACGACGCUCGCUACGUGCACCUUACUUUAUUCCCCGCAAUGACACUUCGAACGCGUCAGAUCCCGCUCACUCCGGCACGUAUCUUGAGAACGCGGUUGAGAACGCUCCAGAGCCUACACGGAGCUCUUGGCGCCGCAGUGCUAGGCUACAUCGUGUCCGAAAUUCUUUGUCAGGACCCAUUGGUCAUAUGUUCGGCCAAUCCUAUCCAAACAUGUCGGGUCAGGAACCAGGGCCUACCCCACAACCGCCCCUAAACCCAUUGUCUAGUGAGGACCCUGAAGGCUUCAUUCCUUAUCCUGGAUCAAUAGGUAGCCAUAUGGACUUCGACGAGCCUCAUGAGCUCGAUUCAGUGGAACCUGCUGUAGGCAGUACGCGCCCUACCUCACCCAUGUCGUCGCAGUCUGCGCAAGGCCCGCCUGGUUUACGCCAGUUUCCGGGGUUGUUGCGUGCAAGACCAUCCAGGGUCAUGCGUCGGGAGGAACAAACACCUUUGUCGCGUGUCCUUCAACUGGCCGCUACCGCCAUUGCUGCCCAACUUUCUGGCACAACUGGCCCAGCCAUGCCCAAUAUACAGGCUCUGGGUGAUGAUGGUCUUGACGGUUCAUUGGAGAAUUUCAUACAGAGCUUACAGCAUGCUACAUCAACGCAAACAAGUCCGAACGAUACAGGGAAUUUGGCAGGCGAUAAUAGCCCCCCUACCCCGGUCAACUUUCUCAGAGUCUUCCGGUUUGCCAACUCGGAUGGUACUCGACCCGUCGGACCACUGAAUCGCUCCACGGCGGAUUCCGAGAAUACAGAUAACAACGGAGGUGGUAUGGAUGUGGACAAUCCUCCCGAUGGACCAGAGGGACGUACUGUGACUCUAGUUGUGGUUGGGGUAAGAUCCGUCCCCUCGGGAAACGGGCCCAGCGGAGAUCAGCCAGGUAACGCGGGAACUGGUUUGGACGCCCUUCUUCGCCUACCGUUCCUGUCGCCGGGAAGUCUUGCACGCAACCCUGACAGCAACCGCUCUCGAUUCCCACCACGUCCGGAAGGGCGGCCAAUGCUCCCACCUAUCCGGUUUCAUGGCGAUGCUCCUAGCGGGCUCAACGCGGGUGGUGAGACGACCACACAACAAGGAGUUCCUACCCCAUUACCGAGAUUGUCUGAGAUGGGCAGCCGGGUCCCACUUGGCUCGCUCUCUUCAGCUCCCUCCGCGCUUUCGGAAAGCCCCCCAGGUCCCCAUCCUCCUCCGUCAACGCCAGCUGAACCGGGGUUGUCAACCGUGUCGUCUAGCGCAUCCACUCCCAGCCGAAGGCCGUCAACUGCAUCGGCGAUGUCACCAAGUACUCUACCCCAGCUUGAUCCCAUCCGGCCAAUGCAACCUACGGCUGAGCCCGUUGAAGACGGUGUUCCGCUGAAUACGCGCCAGCGACGUCGAAGUGACUCGGAAUAUGCGCGCCAUCGUGAUCUUGGGUCUGGCGCCGUUAGACGCAACGGUGUUGUGGAACCCGACAGCGCUGCACCUUCUACAGGCCGAAGCUGGCUGAUUUACGUUGUCGGAACUAACCUCUCUGAAAAUCACCCUGCCUUCGCGACGCCAAGCUUGUUCACUGAUAACCCAACAUACGAAGAUAUGAUCCUGCUCUCUUCUCUUCUUGGGCCUGUCAAGCCGCCCGUCGCCACCCAUGAGGAUCUCUCCACAGCCGGUGGAUUGUUCCGUCUCGUGGAAUAUGCUGGCUCGCUGGUUGCCGAAGGGUUGGAAGGUGCUGGCACCCUUCAACUUCCCGAAGGCGAGCGUUGCUUGAUCUGUCUCAGUGACUACGAGGUGGCGGAGGAGCUUCGACAACUGACCAAAUGCAAACACCUCUUCCACCGCGAUUGCAUAGACCAGAGAAGAAAUAGAACAAAAAUCACCAUGGACACCCCCGUGCGCCUCACCGUGCUAAUUUCCGGCAAUGGUUCCAACCUCCAAGCAGUGAUCGACAAGACCCUCCAAGGGCAACUCUCAACCCAGAUCGUCCGCGUCAUCUCCAACCGCAAGGAUGCCUAUGGCCUCGAGCGGGCUCGACUGGCUAAUAUCCCCACGCAAUACCACAACCUCGUGAAGUACAAGAAGCAACAUCCCGCCACACCAGAGGGGGUCCAGGCCGCCCGCGAAGAAUACGACGCCGAACUGGCUCGAUUGGUGCUGGCCGAUAAGCCGGAGAUGGUUGCUUGUUUGGGAUUCAUGCAUGUUCUUUCGCCGAGGUUUUUGGAGCCGUUGGAGGAGGCCAAGAUUAAUAUUAUCAAUCUACACCCGGCUUUGCCCGGGGCGUUCAAUGGCGCGAAUGCUAUUGAGCGCGCGCAUGCCGCUUGGUUGGAGGGGAAGAUCGAUAAGACGGGGGUCAUGAUCCAUAAGGUCAUUUCAGAGGUGGAUAUGGGGACCCCGAUCCUGGUGAAGGAAAUACCCUUUGUUAAGGGGGAGGAUGAGGAUCUGCAUAAGUUCGAGCAGAAGGUGCAUGAGGUUGAGUGGGGGGUGGUUAUUGAGGGAGUGCAGCUUACGAUCCAGGAGGUCAAGGAGGGAAGGUAG